GCGGGGUUUACAUGUAGUUUGACCGGGGUCCAACCUCCAAGCCAAAGAAUGGCUCUCUCCAACCCCUCUCUCUUAUCUUCUUCUUGCUCUGUUUACAGACUCAAUCCACUACUCUUUUCAUCCGAACGCCGUCGUUGCAUCACUCUUUCCCACUCGCAUUUCGUCCGUCUCACUCGCAGGUUCUUCUCUGCUACCGUGGCUGCAGCUAAUAGUAGUGUAUUCACUUCGCCAGAAGUAGCAAAGUCGUUUGAUUUUACAACUGAAGAACGGAUUUAUAAAUGGUGGGAGUCUGAAGGGUAUUUCAAACCAAACUAUGACACAGGAAGUGAUCCAUUCGUAAUUUCAAUGCCACCGCCUAAUGUUACAGGUUCAUUGCAUAUGGGGCAUGCUAUGUUUGUAACUCUUGAGGAUAUUAUGGUGAGAUACCAUCGUAUGAAGGGAAGACCAACACUUUGGCUUCCUGGAACAGAUCAUGCUGGUAUUGCUACCCAGCUGGUUGUGGAAAGAAUGCUGGAGGUGGAAGGAAUAAAAAGGGUUGAUUUGGGUAGAGAAGAAUUUACAAAGAGAGUAUGGGAAUGGAAAGAGAAGUAUGGGGGAACCAUUACAAAUCAAAUCAGGAGACUUGGUGCUUCUUGUGAUUGGACCCGAGAACAUUUUACCCUAGAUGCUCAGCUGAGUCGAGCGGUAGUUGAAGCCUUUGUUAGGCUUCAUGAAAAGGGCCUUAUCUACCAAGGCUCUUACAUGGUGAACUGGUCACCAAAUUUGCAGACUGCAGUUUCUGACUUGGAAGUAGAAUACUCUGAGGAACCUGGUGCUUUAUAUUAUAUCAAGUAUCGUGUUGCUGGUGGCUCGAGAAGUGACUUCUUAACAAUUGCUACCACGCGCCCAGAGACUUUAUUUGGGGAUACGGCUAUUGCAGUGAAUCCUGAGGACGAACGCUAUUCUAAGUACAUAGGGAAGCAGGCUAUCGUCCCAAUGACUUAUGGCCGGCAUGUACCCAUUAUUUCAGACAAGUAUGUAGAUAAAGACUUUGGAACUGGUGUCUUGAAGAUAAGCCCUGGCCAUGAUCACAAUGACUACCUUCUUGCACGGAAACUUGGUCUUCCCAUUCUUAAUGUGAUGAAUAAAGACGGGACACUUAAUGAAGUUGCUGGAUUAUACUGUGGUCUUGAUCGGUUCGAGGCACGAAAGAAACUUUGGUCCGAUCUUGAGGAGACAAGGUUGGCAGUUAAAAAGGAAGCCCACACUCUUAGAGUUCCCAGGUCCCAACGUGGUGGAGAAAUAAUAGAGCCUCUAGUAAGCAAGCAAUGGUUUGUGACAAUGGAGCCCUUGGCUGAGAAGGCCCUUCAAGCAGUUGACAAGGGAGAAAUAACCGUCGUGCCUGAAAGAUUUGAGAAGAUAUAUAAUCACUGGCUAUCAAAUAUCAAGGAUUGGUGUAUAAGCAGACAACUAUGGUGGGGACACCGCAUACCAGUUUGGUACAUUGUGGGCAAAGACUGUGAAGAGGAAUACAUAGUUGCUAGGAGCACAGAAGAAGCUAUUGAAAAAGCUCACAAGAAGUAUGGGAAAAAUGUUGAAAUAUAUCAGGAUCCAGAUGUUCUUGACACCUGGUUUUCAAGUGCUCUAUGGCCUUUCAGCACUCUUGGUUGGCCAGAUGUGUUGGCAGAGGAUUUUAAGCGGUUCUAUCCAACAUCAGUUCUUGAAACUGGGCAUGACAUAUUGUUCUUCUGGGUGGCACGAAUGGUAAUGAUGGGAAUUGAAUUCACCGGGACAGUUCCAUUUUCAAAUAUUUAUCUUCAUGGACUUAUCCGAGAUUCUCAAGGUAGAAAAAUGUCCAAAACAUUAGGAAAUGUCAUAGAUCCAUUAGAUACAAUAAAAGAGUAUGGAACUGAUGCUCUGCGCUUCACUCUUUCUCUGGGAACUGCUGGUCAGGAUCUAAAUUUAUCAACUGAGAGGUUGACUUCUAACAAAGCAUUCACCAACAAAUUAUGGAAUGCUGGCAAGUUUUUGUUACAAAAUUUGCCCAGUCAAAGUGAUUUAUCUGCUUGGGAAGCUAUGCUGGCGUUUAAGCCAUUUAUGCCAUUUGUCACCGAAGAGCUCUGGCAGGCAUUACCAUAUCGAGAACAAGCUCUUAUAAUAUCUGCUUGGCCAUCAACAUCACUCCCAAGGCAAGCCGAAUCAAUGAAAAAAUUUGAGAAUUUACAGGCUUUGAUAAGAGCAAUUCGAAAUGCACGAGCAGAAUACUCUGUUGAGCCAGGACGGCGUAUAUCUGCAUCAGUUGUUGCAAAUUCAGAAGUCCUUCAGUAUAUAUCUAUGGAAAAGGAAGUUAUGGCUCACCUAUCCAAACUGGAUUUACAGAACGUCACUUUCGCAGAAUCUCCCCCUGGAGACGCCAAUCAAUCAGUCCAUCUUGUUGCGAGUGAAGGUUUGGAGGCUUAUCUUCCUCUUGCUCACAUGGUGGAUAUAUCUGCUAAAAAAAAAAAAAAAAAAAAAAAAAAAAACCCUUGAAUAAAGGAAAAAAUGAAAGCUUUAGCCAAAUCUAGUUCUGAUAAGUUUACAGAGAAAGCUCCAGAGGAAAUUGUUCGAGGGGCUCGAGAAAAAGCAGCAGAAGCAGAGGAGAAGUUAACGCUGACCAGAAAUCGCCUAGCUUUCCUUCAAUCCACAGUUUUGGUGUCAAAAUGAAUUUUUGAUAUCCAGCUGAUACAAUUUAUCGAAAUACCCAUGUCCGAUGAUCCUCCGUGCGAUGUAUUGGCAGUGAUGUUGCUUUCAGGUGGACGCCUAGAACUGUGAAUUUUUCAUGGAAAAAGGAUGUGGCUAGGUUGAUGUACAGACCUGUAUUUGUUGCCAAAAAAAAAAAAAUGUCGAAUAAAUUUUCGUCCAUCUUAUUAUUUAUUCAUCCUUUUUGCAUAGGUAAAGUAACAUCAUAACUGGUUAAUGGAAAAUGUACGCAAGAUUCUGUACGAAUACCUCAAUCGAUACCAGAUAUUGAACUAUCUAAAAGUUUCCAUAA